CACACACAUAGAGCACCGAAAGUAUAUACAAUCUGCUCGACCACACCGAGGGGACAGUUUUCGGUCUUUUUUCUUUUUCGCUUGCUUACUAUUAUCCGCACUAUUCCUACUACGAUUACGGCGACUACGACUACGAUUACGCCUCGUAUUCGCUAGUGUGAUAUAAUCAGAGUAGAGUGCAGGUAGUGUUUGCUUUGUAGUGGUUAAGAUGGCUGAACAGCAACAACAACAACAACAACAGCAGAAAGAGGGGAAGCAGCGACAGGGAAAGAGGAAAAUCACGUUUUACUUUGAUAUCGUGAGUCCGUUUGCGUAUAUUGCGUAUUAUAUUUUCAAGACGUCGCCAGUCUUCAACCAAGUCGAAAUCACUCAUGUACCCGUUUUCCUGGGCGGUCUGAUGCAUGCGACUGGGAAUGUGGCGCCGAUGAAUGUUAAGAACAAAGGCAAAUGGAUCGAGCGCGAACGCAAACGCUUCACUACAGCCUUCCAAAUCCCCUUUUCCGCGACCCCAAUCCCCAAUUUCCCCAUCUUCACGCUGCCCAUGCAGCGCGCGCUGACCGCGCUCUCGCUAUCGCACCCACACAAACUCGAUGCCGCCAUGGACCUCAUCUGGCAGAACUUCUGGGCCACGUACAACGAGCCCGAGAAGCCGGAGAACCUGCGCGCGCUGCUGACGACGGUGCUGGGCAGUGAGGUGGAGGCACAGGAUGUGAUGGAGAGAGCCAAGAGCGAGCAGGUGAAGAAGUUGCUUACGGAACGGACCAUGAGGGCAUUUGAUGAGGGCGCGUUUGGACUCCCGUGGUUUGUGGCUACCAAUGCCAAAGGCGAAUCCGAAGGCUUCUGGGGCGUCGAUUAUAUCGGUAGGCUGUGUGAUCAUUUGGAAAUUGAGAGGCCGGUUGGUAAGCAGUGGCGCGCUGUGUUGUAGGUGGUGGAUUUGAAAUAUAGUACAAGCGUACGUGUGUGUGUGUAUGUGUGUGUGUGGUUUGGCCAUCUUGCUUCGUCUAGUCUUCGUAUUUAUAUUUUGC